UUUCCUGGGAUUUCCAAGGCGGAAUAUCUGAAGCGAUACCUGGACGGGGGGAACUCGGGAGGGGACGAUGGGGAGGCUAAGAAGAAAAAGAGAAGGAAGAAGAGGCCGGAGGGGAUAGGUAUGCGGAUAGUAGAUGAUGAUGUGGAAGACUGGAAGAAGGAAACUAAGACCAAUGAGGAGGUUGUUGAAGAGGAAGAGGACCAACCAGUGGUGGCAGAGUUUGUAGACGAAAGGCCAGAGGAAGUGAAACGAAUGGAAGAAUUUAGGAACAGCAACAAGUGGAAGCGUAUCCAAGGUAAAAACAACAUCACACUGACAUCACAGAAAGGGAGGCAUGACUCGCCUGACUCCUCCUCUCCACGGAAAGGCAGGCAUUACUCGCCCGACUCUCCACCACAGAAAGGGAGGCACAACUCUCCACAUUCUUUUCCUCCAAAGAAAGGGAGGUGGGCCUCUCCAGACUCCUCCCCACCACAGAAAGGAAGGCAUGACUCUCCAGACCUUUCUCCACCACAGAAAGGAAGGCAUGGCUCUCCAGACCUCUACCCACCACAGAAAGGAAGGCGUGGCACUCCAGACCUCUACCCACCACAGAAAGGAAGGCAUGGCUCUUCAAACCUUUCCCCAUCACAAGGAAGGCGUGGCUCUCCUGACCCCUCUCCGCCACGCAAAGGAAGGCGUGGCUCUCCUGACCUCUCUCCGCCACGCAAAGGAAGGCGUGGCCCUCCUGACCUCUCCCCAGGAAGGCGUGGGUCUCCUGACCUCUCCCCGCCACGCAAAGGAAGGCGUGGCUCUCCUGACCUCUCCCCGCCACGCAAAGGAAGGCGUGGCUCUCCUGACCUCUCCCCGCCACGCAAAGGGAGGCGUGGCUCUCCUGACCUCUCCCCGCCACGCAAAGGGAGGCGUGGCUCUCCUGACCUCUCCCCGCCACGCAAAGGAAGGCGUGGCUCCCCGAACACUUCUCCACUCAGAAAACACCAACAAGAUGGCACAAGAUGCUCCCCUUCCAGAGUGUCCAGAAAUGAUUAUCAGAAGAAUUCCUCAUUGAGGCACGAUAGAUCUCGUUCCCCAGAUUCUUCCCCUAAGCAUUGGGGAAAAAAUGCAGGAAAAUCUUAUUCUGAUCAUAAGAAAAAAAAUAAUUCUCCAUCCUCCACCAAAAAUAGACAAGACUCCAUGCUUCAGAAAAACAGAAUGCACUCUUCUGAUUCUUCAAAGAAAGAAACAGAUAGAGUCCUUCCAUAUGGUCGUUCAUCCCUAUAUUCCUCCACACGCCAUGAUUCUGAUUCUGACCUUUCCCCUCCCAGAAAAAUGGAGAGAGGACCCACACAAGACAAACAGAGAACAGGUGCAUAUAUCCUUGAAUCAAGAAAUGCCGAAACCAUUUUCAGAGACAAAAGUGGCAAACGGAGAGACUUAAAAACUGAGCGUGGGCAGCAGCUUCAGAAACAAGCCGCACAAGAAAAACGUGAUCAGAAGUAUGCCCAGUGGGGCAAAGGUCUGGCACAGCAAGAACAGCAACGUCAAAACAUAGAAGAUGCAGCUCGAGAGAUGACAAAGCCUUUGGCUCGAUACAUUGAUGACACCGACCUAGAUCGCAUGUUACGUGAACAGGAAAGGGAGGGAGAUCCAAUGGCUAAGUUCCUGAAAAAGAAGGAUAAAGAACAAAGCAAAAAAGCUCCAGAGCGCCCAAGAUACAAGGGUCCAAAUCCUCCCCCAAACAGAUUUAAUAUCUUGCCAGGAUACCGCUGGGAUGGUGUUGACAGGUCUAAUGGAUUUGAAAACAAGUAUUUUGCUAGAAUUUCAGAAAAGAAGGCUGUUCAGGAAUCUGCAUACAAGUGGAGCGUGGAAGAUAUGUGA